AUGAGUGAAUAGGAUGAUGAAAUGCUAGUUGAAGAGAUACUUUGUUGUUAAAAUGAUGAUGAUAUCAGAAGUCUUGUUGAUUCCCAAUGUUUAGAUAUCAUUGGAAAUUCUUUAUAAGAUUAACUAAUAUUGGCACAUAAAUAACUUUUUCGUGUUAUUAGACUUUUUCGUGAAUUUUUGGAUUCAAGUCCAAAUCAAAUUUGGGAUUAAAAAAAAAAGAAGGAACAUAGUAAAGCUUUGCAAUAAGAUUACUUAAUAAUUAAUUAUGAGUUAUAAAGAGAGAAAAGUAAAGUUAAACAAAUAGAAGAAGCAAAUAGUUAAUUAAAACUAUAAAUGAAAUUGUAUGAAGGAGAUUUUGAGACAAUAAGAUAAUAAAGUUUUGAAGAUAUAAAAAAAGUGGAGGAUCAAUUAGUUAAAACAAAAAACUAGAUAUCUCUUUAUAAAAAUUCACUGAUAUAAAAGUUUUGUGUGAUAUGUCUACAAAAGGAAUAUUGCAUAGUACUGAAGCCGUGUGGACAUGUUUGUGUAUGUGAAGAAUGUUCAAAAAGGAUUGAUCAUUGUCCUAUAGAUAGAGUCAAAGUUUUAAAGAUGAAGAAAGUUUACUUAUCAUGA